AUGGUGAAUACUCAAUAUGAGGAGGGUGUUGGUGUUUACUCUCGUAUGUAUGAUGAGGAGUUGGCUGGAAUUGGAAUUCAAUUCGAAUUGUGCCUCCAGCUUGAUGCUUCUAAAGAGAAUUUGGAUACCUUAGAAGAAGAAGAGCUUAGGCUAGCUGUAGGGCAGCCCAAGAGUCUGAGAUACAGUCCAGAUUAUGAGGUUCACAAUGAGGAGAACCAAAUGGUGAAGGCAGACGAUGUGAAAUAUGACCAGAUAUUAGGAGUUCCCACAAUCUUAAUCCUAGAUGCUAAAUUUAGUCAUUAUUCAACCUCAUUGUCAUUAUGUAUCCAAAGGCCACAAUUGCUUGUUGCACUUGACUUCCUAAUGGCGGUUGCUGAGUUUUUUUUAGGUGGAACUUUGUUGUUACAAGACAAAGAAGGACACAUGAUAUCUUCUACAAGCAUAGAAACUAUUAUACAUGUUGACAGUGGUAAACGAUUGCAAUUCAAAAAUGUCACCAUCAAGAAUGGAGAAUAUAUGGACUUAUGUGUUUCCCUAAGGUCCACUAGCAGUUUCUCAGCUUUGGAAGAUGAUCAAGUCUUUUUGGAAGAGGAGGAAAGUAGCUCACCAAAUAAUCAAGAGGAAACUACAAAAGAUUUGCCUUCUCCAAACAAUACAAUGAGCAGACCCACAGAAACUUCCAUCGAGUUGCAGGUUAUAAGCCCCGAGCUUACAUUCUAUAAUUCAUCAAAAUAUGUAGGAGAGUCUCCUCUCUUCACAAACAAGUUUUUGCAUGCAAGAUUGGAUGCCUUCUGCAGGCUCGUGCUGAAGGGCGAUACAAUAGAAAUGAGUGCAAAUGCUCUUGGUUUAACUAUGGAGAGCAAUGGGAUCAGAAUUUUAGAGCCAUUUGAUACUUCUGUCAAGUUCUCAACUGCCUCUGGGAAGACAAAUAUCCAUGUUGCAGUUUCAGAUAUAUUCAUGAAUUUUUCUUUCAGCACAUUACAACUAUUUUUAGCAGUUGAGGAGGAUAUAUUAAAGUUCCUGAGGAUGACAUCCAGGAAAAUGACGGUUUCCUGCUCCGAGUUUGACAAGCUUGGCACAUUUCAAAGUAAAGAUCUUGUCGACUUUUUUGUUGAUUCUGAGAAGAAUACUUGUUUAUCAGGAGGGAUAAAUAUAGAUGCCACUGCAGCAGUAAGUGUUGUAUCAGAUGAAGAGAUCCAAAAGCUUGUGGUAAUGGGUUUUGAUAAGGUUAUAUUUUCUGAACAUGUUAUUAUCAGUGCUUGUGAGUUCCAUGAGCAAUACAGGAAGCUCAUGAUAUAUUUGGUGAUGUGGAUAAGCUGUUGA